UGAACAAAUGGUAUUAAAUUUUCUCACUUCCCUCGCGCCUAAAGCCACACUUUGACCCAAAAUUUUCGCUUCCACCAACAACAUAUAAUUUCAUUUUAACAUAGAAGUAACCUCAGAUCAUUCUAAAAACCUCCGCAGAAUUCAAAAUUCUGCUGUUCUCAUGUUUGAGCCUGAAAAUAGGACAAGAAAACUAACUUAAAUGGGUUUCCUUCUCCCUUUCACUUUGGUUGUUCUUUCAUUUGCAUCUUUAUCAGCCCUUCAAAUUCAAACCCAAGAAAUAAAAUCGGCCCGGCUUCUCGAUCUUGUCAUUAGAGAUUACACUUUCAAAUCAUACAAAAAAUACUUUAGAACAGGUGAACUGCACCAGAUCAAGUUACCAGCAAAUCUCUCAGGCAUAACAGUCGAUACAGUGCGAUAUCGUUGUGGUAGUCUUCAAAGGUACGGUGCCAAAAUUAAGGAAUUCCAUCUUGGAAUAGGUGUAACUGUGAAUCCUUGCAUUGAAAGAGUUCUGAUAAUUAGACAAAAUCUUGGAUCUAACUGGUCAUCUAUAUACUCUGAUAAUUAUGAGUUAUCAGGUUAUCAACUUAUUUCGCCUGUUUUAGGCCUACUAGCAUAUAACGUUGGUGACAGCAUAAAACUUAGUACUCCAUCUGAGCUUCAGAUUCAGGCCGGGAAAAAACCAAUAACUAUAGAUUUCAGCAAUACGACAAGGCUCAAUAUCACAUCAGGGAUACCCUUAUGUGCAAGUUUUUAUCAUGAUGGAAAAGUGACACUGGCUAAUCAAGCGUCCCAUAAUAUUUGUGUUGCAACAAGAUAUGGUCAUUUUGGAUUGGUAGUCGAAUCACCAUUGAAAAAGACGACUUUAAGCAAGUGGAAGAUAACGAUUGGAAGCACGAUUGGGGCUGCAUUAGGGGCGUUUCUUCUGAGUUUGUUGCUGAUCGCAAUGUUUGUUAACGCAAAGAAGAAGGCAAGAAUGGACGAACUUGAAAGGAGGGCGUACGAAGAGGAAGCUCUGCAAGUUUCAAUGGUAGGGCAUAUAAGUGCUCAUACUGCAUCUAGUACUCGGACCAUGCCCAGAAUUGAGCAUGGUGAUGAGUAUACAUAGAUUUUUCCUUCUUGAUUUAUAAGUUUUCUUGUUUAUUUAAUAUUUAUAAUUCUUUGUCUAUUAUUGAUUAGGUUUAGGUUGUGCAAAAUUGAUUCAAAUUAAUUGCACAAUUUUGCUGAUCUUCCACCAUGGAGACGGAUUGAGUUUGAGUAUUUAUUCUUCCCUAGUGAGUUGAUUAACAUUAUCGUUCA